GUUUUUGUUUUGUUUUGUUGAGUUUUUAGUUGGAGUUUGAUGAUUUUGCGAUUGCGAUUUCUGUAAGGUUUAAGGUUAAUUUCAUGCAUGAUAUUAGAGGUUUGCGUUUUAUCUUAGAUCUUUCUGAAUUAGACCACUUAAAGAUAUUAUUGUUUUGAUUAUGUUGUCCUAGAAAACUCAAGUGUGUGUCUCAUGUUUGAACUUGCUUCUCCUUCUCUUCUUCUCUUGUUAUCAUUACAAUAAAUUUAGGUUAGGUACUAUCCUGUCAGAGAAAGAACUUGAAUAGGCCUAAAAUAUAACUAGCGUAGCGAGACCACUGCCAGGGAAGUUAGUAACUUCAGGCUGCUUCCAGGUUAAAACUAGUUAAACUGGACUGGACUAAACACAAAUUGUCCUCUACAGUAUUACCGUACUUUUGGAAGGAAAGGAAAUGUCUGGAAAUAGCUUCAGUCUGGGAAAUAUUUCAAGUGAAACAUGGACUGUAACAACAAAAUGUGCCUUUGUCACUUGGUUGUUUUUGCUCACUGUCAUGUUUGCGUUGUUGCCAAUGGCCAUCGUCAAAAGUUAUCGCACAGAAAGAGACGCAGAUAAGCGAACCAGAUACUCAAGACUUAUUGGGAUGCUGAACUGUUUUGCCGGUGGAGUAUUUUUAGGCACAGCUUUACUUCAUCUUCUUCCAAAUGUUAUGAAACUGCUGAGUCAGUUGAAAGGCGACACCAACUUCCCUGUGGCUGAGUUCACCGUGGCGCUCGGGUUCCUAGUGGUGUUGGUGAUGGAGCAGAUUGGCCUCGCGUGUAAGGAGCAGGAGGUCGACACAAUGAGUCCCAUCGAGCGCCUCAGUCAGCCUGUGCUGCACUCUGAGAUACUCUCAUUGAGGGCAGAUGAAGUGCGGGCUUGUCCUGAGCUGCCCACUCCAAUACAGCAGGAGCCCACGUCACACCUGCGCUCGGUGCUGCUGCUCGCCACUCUGUCUAUACACUCGGUGUUUGAGGGACUAGCCAUCGGCCUACAGACUGAUCUUGACUCUGUGCUUAACAUAUUUGUAGCAGUCAUGGUCCACAAGGUGAUUGUGUCGUUCAGCGUCGGCCUCAGUCUGCUACAGUCACAGCUGAGGUUGGUUGCUGUUGUCGCGUUGGACGUUCUGUUUGCCCUCAUGUCUCCUCUGGGCAUGGUGGUAGGACUGUACGUAGACACACUACACAGUGUGAGACAACAGCUGUUCUCAGGGAUGCUGCAAGGCAUAGCUUGUGGUACCUUCCUCUACAUUACAUGUUUUGAGGUUCUACCACGGGAACUGUCACAAGGUCGAGACAGGCUGUUGAAGUUGUUGUUGCUAAUAGUUGGAUUUUCUUCAACUGUCGGAGUAGUGUUCAUGGACAAAAGCUGACCAGCAAACACAAGAAAGAUUCCAUCGUACAAAUUAGUAUCUAAUACUAGGUAACAUUUGAAACGUGGCUAUUCCUCAUAAUGAUCCGGUUAGAAGCUGCAUGGUAAUUAAUUAUUGUUAUAAUGUAAGGCUUACCUUACGAUUUAAUUGAUUUAUUGUGGAGACCUAGGUUUCUACGCUGGAGUGUUUUUGUCAGUCCUAGGCUAAGCUCAACUUUAUGUUUUUCAUCUCUUACUUGAGAUAUUGUCGGUUGAAUCGAAUUUUUUCAAUCUGUUAUGAUCUUUUUAAUCCUAACCUCCACUAUGUCUUUGUAAAUAUUUAUGUAUAUUCAGUGUUUGUAUUUGUAAAAAUUCUAUUCAACCGACAAUAUCUCAAGUAAGAGAUGAAAAACAAAAAAUUUAGCUUAGCCUAGGACUGACUGAUAACGCUCCGGCGUAGAAACCUUGGCCUCCACAAUAAAUCAAUUGGAUCGUAAGGUGAUCCUUAGAUUAUAACAAUGUUUAAUAACGAUCCAGAGGCUAUUUCUCCAAAAGAAAACAAGUAAUUAAUUAAUUACUGUCACAUUAUUGAUCACACAGAAAAUGUCUUUCACAUGAAUUUAUUAGAGAUUAAUUCAAACUAUAAGACUGAGAGAAAAACAUGUCAAUUAUUUCAAACUGAAAUUAUGUUGAAAGUAGAUAUAAUGAGAAUAAGCAUUACUAAAAUCACUAGGAAAGUAAAACAUAGGCUACACGAGAGUUUGAUAGUAUUAAAGGUAGAUUUUUCUCUGAAAAGUCAAUUUUUAUUUGUUAACAUUAAAAACCAUACAUUUGGUGAUUAUUUUCCCUAAGAAAGGCUUCACUAUUAAGUUAAUUCUUAGAUGUUUUGUUAGUUCAAUUAUGUGCCGAUUUAGUAUACAUUCCAAUUGGUCAUCACUGAUGGCAUUAUUGUAAGGUCGAGCCCCUCUUAAGAACAGACUAUUUAUAGCACCAUUUAUAAACAUCACAAUAUUUUAUCUUUUAUAAUAGGUCUACUGAUUUGUUUUAAGGUCCUAAGCUCUCGCUUUCUAUAUUUCUUUUAGGUUUCUUUCAAAAGGCAAAUUUCAUUUACGGUGGUUAACUUUAAUUUAAUUAAAAUAGAUUAUACAAUUUAAUUUCAAACUUUACAUGCCUAUACUGGCAUAGUUCCGUAUUAAGUUGUAAAUCAUGUAGUUUUAAUUGCUGUGUGAAACUUAAAAUGUAAAAAUGUAUUUAUUUUGCAAAAAAUAUUCUGUUAAAUUAGAACUUAACAGUUAUAUUUAAGAUUGUUCUGCACAUAUUUUCUUAUUGGUUGACAGAAUAUGAAUAUUUAACCAAUAGGUUUUUACAUUUCAAUUGUUAUUUUAAUAAGUCUUCCAUUUUUAUAAGCUUGUUUAGUUUAUAAGGAAGAGCUAAAAUGUAUUGUGCAAGAACUGUAAAAGGUAAACUGUGGCAGAGGGUUUAUGAUUUCGGUUAUGUACAAUACAAUUGUAUAAUUGUACAAUUGUAUAUAACUUUUCUGCCAUAAAGAUACCAAGCAGCUAAGGGGAAAACUUUUGAUUUUUUCCUCCUGCAUAUUGUUUAUACUGAAUAUACUAGUACUAUCUUGAACAAUAUGUGAUAUUUUAAGUAGUGAACUUGUUACUUUGUAGUAAUUUAAUACCUUAUUAUUACUAUUAUGAAUGCUGGCAUAUAGCAGGUACAAUACCAACAUGAUCAAGAGUUACUGAAUAGAUGGUUAACCAAUUAUAAUAAACAACCAAUCAUAAUAAACCAAUUAUAUUAUAACAGAUAAGACAAUAAGCCAAUAUUUUUCAUUAGCAUUAUGUCCGGUGCCUUUCAAGGAGUGUUUUAUAUGCUUUGGAGUUUUGUAAUUAUAUUAUCUUUGUAAAUAAAAUGUAAUCCUCAAAGUAAAAUUCAGCAAA